UACAAUGAUAUUCAAGGUAUAAAUAAUUCAUUACCCAAAUUACUCGGUUACCACUGUCUUGAAAAAAAACAAACGACCUGUUCAUAGUUCAAAUUUACAAAAAAACUGAAUUCCGUUGAAAAAAUAAUACAGUCUUGCUCAUUUCAUAGUCUUGAGUGUUACUCUAAGCACUACAAUUAUUUUUUUAUUUCGAUUGUAAAUUAACUUCUUAAAACCUUUAGGGUUGAUGUGUAAAAUAGAUUUUUAAUAGAAUAAUGGAAACUAAAACGUUAAUGCUACCGUCGCCGAGCACAAUCAAUCAGAUGUAUACCGAGUUGGGAACAUCUGAGACAAAAUUGGAUCUUGACGUAAAAAUUCUCAAAGAAUGGAUGCGAAAACAGCCUCACCUUCCGAACCCAGACGAUGAUGAAAAGAUAAUCGAUGAAAAGCGACUCAAAACAUUUCUGUUGAUUUGUAAGAAUAGUUUGGAGAAAACCAAAGUAAUGUUGGACCAGCAUUACACUAUAAAACUCUCAGCACCAGAAUAUUUUUCUAAGUGGGAUCCGACAUCACCAGAGAUAGUUAAAACAAUGAAAUUAUCUUAUUACGUCCCAUUACCAAACCCUACACACGAGGGCCACAGGGUUUUAAUUUUUGGUACAAGGACUGAAGAUGCCGAACAUAUUGUAUUUGAUGAUUUUAUUAAAUUGUGUUUUAUGACAUUGGAUCUUAGAGUCGCCAAGGUAGACACCUAUAAAAAAACAAUAAGCAUAAUUGAUUGCAACAAUUCGUCAAUGAAUCUUGUAGCAGCAAUAAUACCCAGUAUUAAGAAAGUCCUUGAAAGUUUAUUUGCGGCAUAUCCAUUACGGACACAAGGCAUUCACCUAAUUAAUACAAACAGUUUCGUUAAUCCAUUAAUAAAUCUAUCAUUAAGUCUUAUGAAAAAAAAAGUUGCCGGAAGGGUGAUUAAUCACAAAUCCAUCGAUGAUUUGAAAAAUUACAUCGAACCUAGUGUUCUUCCACUGGACUACGGAGGGACUUACCCAAAGACGUCUGACGAAAUAAUAGAUGACUGGCAUGAUGAAUUGAAGAAGAACCGAGAAUGGCUUAUGACACAAUCGUCAAUUGUUGCAGAUAAUAGUAAACGCCCGAUAAAUUCCAAAAAUUACUUGGAUAACUUUGAAAACGCAAUGGAAGGUUCAUUUAGGAAAUUAGAUGUCGAUUAGUAACAAUUCAUUGUCAGUGAAUAUAAGUUAGCCCGGUCUUAAGGAAACAUCAUGCGUUACAGCUGUACAUAAAAGUGCAUCAUGCAUGAUGUUAUAUUGGCAAUAGAUUUAUUUUGGUGUAUUUAAAUUUUAAAUUUUUUUGGUGAAAGCGUAUUUUGCUAUUGUAACAUAAUAGCGUAGUUUUAUGUUGUGUAAAAAAUUAAGUGUAGGGUUAAUUUAUUUGGCUGUGUUGUAAUAUAAAUGUGAAAAACAAAGUUAGUAUUUUGAAAAAGGGAUAUCAAUCAGUAUAUGCACCAUAUGAGAGUAGGUAUAGUUUGUAAGUUGUAACUUUUUUCACACAACACAUUUUGUAAUUUUAUUAAAAUAUAAAAUAUUGACGGAUAAAACGGAUUUGCGAUGGAUUUUUUGAGUUUUAUUUUCAGAAAUAAAUAAUUAGACCUCUGAGAACAACAAUAAUGUUUUUCUUGUUUAACUUUAUACGUUUAAGUGUUUAUGGUCUCUGUUUGGAUGAAAAUUUAGAUGACGAGUUGGAGCUGAGGUGUUGUAGUUAAAAAUAUAAAGAUUCCAAUUUUGUUACAAAUUAAGUAUUACCUUACUAAAUAAACAAUAAUUAUGUAUGUUUCCUAGAAUUUAUAAUAUAUGUA